AUGCACACACUCCACAGGCCCAACUCCCAGAGGAUUCUGGGUGUGCUCUGGCACGACCAGCCUGUCAUGCGUCUUCAGAUGAGGAGGCUGCUAACGUAUGAGCCAGUUGCACUGAGGGAUAGUAAAACAGACACUGUGUCGGUGCGGCCUGUGUGCCUUUUCUGCAGUGUAAAGCUUCACAUGCUGUGUGAGUGUGUUGCUAUGCAGACAACUGCUCUAGGUCCAGUGGAAAAGAGUGUGGACUGCAGUAAGUUUGCAGCAACUAUGGUCAUGGCCAGGCUGUCGUCCACGCCGCAGACGCGUGGGAGAGUGGAGAGGAGGAGUGGCUCUGAUAAAACAGUCUCAGCAGACUGGGAUGGGAAGGUCUCCCACAGCCUGUCCACAGAUGUGCCCUCGGUGUCUGAUCGCACGGUCUACAAGCAGGAGUCACUUCACACGAGGAUGACGUCAGAUAGAGGACGAAAGAAAGAAUGCACGGCAGACAGAAGGAAAGAGGAAAAAAAGAAAAUUAAAGAAAUAAUUCAGACAUUCUCCUCGAUGAAUCAGUCAGUUGUGUGUAAGGCUGUGACAGAUCUGGCCCUGAUGUGGCGCAGGUCCGGUGGACUUCAGAGGGCUCACUCCUCCAGUAUUGAUUUCCCCUCCCUAAAAAGCCUUAAGGAGAUAACCACAUGCGCCAAGUGCCACUGAAUUACUGACACCUGAAUGGGAAAUGGAAUAAAAGCCCUUUGUGGGAUCCUCACUGAACUGGAACCUUCACCUGCAUACAAAAUACCCUUCCAUGCGACAUCUUACAGAUUGUAAUCAGGACAAAAAAUAUGCCGUAUCACAGUACGCUUGUGUACCUACCUGUCUGCAUACAUGUCAGUGA